AUGCUGCUGUCUCGCAGCAGCAACAACAUCUGUCAUGGAUGUUGUCUUCGGCAACACAUUCUCUCMCUUCAACAACGUCGUCACCGUUCUUCCACCCGCCGCGACGCCAUCAAGCCGGAAGAGCACAUCAACCUCGACGACCUCCUGCAACCGACCACCACUUCCACUUCCACCAGCACCUCCACCUCCUCCUCCUCCUCUCGCGAUGGGAGUCUCCUCCGCUACUAUACAUCUGAGGGAAAUGCGCCUCCUCUACCUUCUCCUCCUCCUCGGGGAUGGUCGAGGAUAGCGGGCUCGAGUGUCAUCCGUAAAACCGGCUUGGAUGACCCGCCGCCUCCCGGGCAAAGUCUUCGGAAGUGGGGAUUGGGCGCGCAAUCGCAGAGAGAUCGGCUCGACACGCGCUUCCAGGAGGCGCUGGCGAACAGUUUGGCCAAGGUGGAGCGGGAAGUCAAGGAUGCGCCGCUGUUGAAGCAAUGGGCCCGCGAUACGCAAGACAUGGAGGAGGAGGAGGAGGAGAUGGAUGAGGAUGUGGGGACGGGCGCGUUCCGGACGAACAAGGGCAAAGACGUGGAUUUUAGAAAGAUGUGGCGUCACUUCACAAACGGCAUUUGGGAGGAUGUACAGCAGGGUGGCCGAGGCAAAAGAAGCGCGAGGAAUGUGCAGAACAGGGACAGGGACGGGGACGGGGACGGGGAGAGAGAGCCCGGCAAAUGGUGGAGGGAUCUCCGCGAGGCCUACCGCUUGCGAGGCAACAAUGGGCUGGAAGAUGGCAUCAAAUACGCCUUUUACGGCCUCGUCAUCGGCAGCAGAUUCACCGCCAGCGAUGUGCGACAUCAGAAGAUCCUGGCCGACUUGCGUUAUCCCAGCGAAUGGUUCCCCGGCACCCGCACCCUCCAACGCGAAAUCCACCUCCACGUCGGUCCCACCAAUUCCGGCAAGACCUAUCACGCCCUGAAGCGAUUGGAGCAGGCCAAGAGUGGCGCCUACGCCGGUCCCCUCCGUCUGCUCGCCCAUGAAGUCUACACGCGCCUGAAUGCCAAGGGCAAGGCCUGCGCCCUCAUCACCGGUGAGGAGCGACGGGCCAUUGACACGCCCGCCGACCCCUCCCCCGAAGCAUCAUCAUCAUCAUCAUCAUCAUCAUCAUCAUCAUCGGGCGGCGGUGCCCCCAACUCUUACUCGUACGACAUGAUGGCCUGCACCGUCGAGAUGAUGCCCCUUAACAAACACAUCGAAGUCGCCGUCAUCGAUGAGAUUCAGAUGAUUGGCAGUCCCGAACGAGGAUGGGCCUGGACCCAGGCCUUGCUCGGCGUCAUGGCCGACGAAGUCCAUCUCUGUGGGGAGGAGAGGACGGUGCCGUUGAUCAAGGAACUGUGUGCGUCGAUUGGAGAGAAGUUGACGGUGCAUCAUUACGAACGCCUCUCCCCCCUCAUGAUGGCAGACGCCCCUCUCAACGGCAACCUGAAGAAGUUGCGCAAGGGUGACUGCAUCGUCUCCUUCUCCGUCAUGGGCAUACACGCUCUUCGCAAGCAGAUUGAACGCCAGACCGGAAGAAAGGUCGCCACCGUUUAUGGAUCCCUCCCACCGGAAACCCGCGCGCAACAAGCCCGUCUCUUCAACGAUCCCGACAACGAGUACGACUACCUCGUCGCCAGUGAUGCCGUGGGAAUGGGUCUCAACCUCGCCAUCAAGCGAGUAAUCUUCGAAGCCGCCAACAAAUUCGACGGUGUCGCCCAGAGAACUCUCUCGGUUGCUGAUAUCAAGCAAAUCGGCGGUCGCGCCGGUCGUYUCCGCGUGGCCAAUCAGGGCGACGGAAAGGACGUCAGUGAACAAGAACUCGCCGCCGUCAAGGGCGAGGAACCUCCCGAGGAAGUGGUUAGAGAAGAGAUUGAUCCCGUAGAAACGGUGCAACGAGUCUUUACCCCACCAACCUCCACCCCCAAACCCAAGAAACCCACACAAAUAUACACCAUGCCUCCCUCUGGCGACGUUCCCGAUGGAAUCGGCAUCAUCACCACCUUGGAAAAAUUCGACUACCCCAUCGUCAAAGCCGCCAUGUCCUCGGAACCCGAACCCAUUCUCACUGCAGGUCUCUUCCCCCCCAAUCCCGUGCUGGAACGAUUUUCCAACUAUUUCCCACCCGGAACCCCCUUCUCCUACAUUCUCACGAGAUUACACGAAUUGAGCCAAAUGCACGCGCGCUUCCACCUCUGCAAUCUGAGAGAUCAAGUCUGGAUUGCCGAUCUCAUCGAACCCGUCCAAGGCCUCACCAUCUCCGACCGCAACAUCAUCUGUUCCUGCCCGGCCGCCAAAAGCGACGCCGAUCUGUGGGAAGAUCUUCUCCCGGAACUCGCCACCRCYAUCGCGACGCAGUCUGGGGGCUCAUUUCUCGACAUCAAAAGUUUACCGUUGGAAACUCUGGACCAAGAAAUCAGCGUCAAGAGGGAUUAUUUACGAUCUUUGGAGAGGUUGCAUAAGGGUAUCGUGAGUUGGUUGUGGUUGAGUUAUCGCUUUCAUGGUAUCUUUCGCGGCAGAGGGGUCGCGGGGUAUGUCAAGGGUUUGGUGGAGGAGCGGAUUGAGGAUGUGUUGAAGCGUUUUAGUUUUGAGGAGAGUGCGAGGAGGAGGCUGGUUCGGGAGAGGGAGAGGGGGUUUUUGAGGGGGUUGGAGGCGUUUGGGGCGACGGUGGGGGUUGGAGGUGGAAAUGGAGUUGAGGGGGUGAAUGAGGGGGUUCGAAAUGGAAAUGAAGAGGUGAAUGAAGAGGUGGGAGACGCUGCUGCUGCUGCUCCUGUUGAGGAGGGGAAUGAUGAUGUUGUGGUGGUGGAGGAAGAUGCACGGGAUGGAAGUCCUGCAGGGAGCUUUGGAGGAGAAGCGGAGGAUGUCAUUUUUGAGGAGGAUGAGAGGAUUCAGGAUGCUGUUGAUGAUGAUGUUGGGGAUGUUGUCGAGGAGAAGAGCGGCGAGGUGAAUCAGACGGAAUCUUCGCCGACUUCUCCUCCUCCUCCUCCUCCCAGCGCUUGA